AUGGCGGGGCCCGGGCCGGCCGCGGCGGCUCUGCUCCCCGCGGUCCUGCUGGCCCUGCUGGGCCCCUGGGCGGGCCGAGGGGGGGCCGCGGCGCCCGCCGCCAACGGCACCGCGCCGGCGGCCGAGCCGGGGCGGCGCUGGGACAGCCUGGUGGCGCGCUCGCUCGCCCGCCUGCCGCUGGCCGCGCAGCCCCCGGAGGCGGCCGUGCAGAGCGGCGCCGGCGACUACCUGCUGGGCAUCCGGCGGCUGCGGCGCCUCUACUGCAACGUGGGCAUCGGCUUCCACCUCCAGGUGCUCCCCGACGGCCGCAUCGCGGGCGUGCACGCCGACACGAGCGACAGCCUGCUGGAACUCUCCCCCGUGGAGCGAGGCGUCGUGACCAUCUUUGGCAUGGCCAGCCGGUUCUUCGUGGCUAUGAGCAGCAAGGGCAGGCUCUAUGGCUCGCCCCUCUUCACCGACGAGUGCAAGUUCAAGGAAAUGCUUCUCCCCAACAAUUACAACGCCUACGAGUCCCACGCACACCCCGGCCUGUUCAUCGCCCUCAGCAAGAACGGGAGGACCAAGAAGGGGAACCGGGUGUCGCCCACCAUGAAGGUGACGCACUUCCUCCCCAGGCUGUGA